CUCACUCCGCUCCUCUCUGUACAGCCGGUUGGUGGAGGAGGACAAGUUCACGUUUUUACCCCGAAUAUGCUGUCAGUUCGUGUCGCGGCGGCCUUAGCCCGCACCCUGCCCCGCCGGGCUGGAUUUGUUUCAAAGAACGUUGCAGCCGCCUGUGUCGGAGCAAAGAAUCUGCACACAGCGAGACCAUGGCAGCAGAAAACAGGAACUGCCGAGGUGUCCAGCAUUCUGGAGGAGAAGAUCCUCGGAGCGGAUACAGGUGCAGAUCUGGAGGAGACUGGCCGUGUACUGUCCAUUGGUGACGGUAUUGCCCGUGUGUAUGGGCUGAGGAAUGUGCAGGCCGAGGAAAUGGUGGAAUUCUCCUCUGGUUUGAAGGGCAUGUCUCUGAACUUGGAGCCUGACAAUGUGGGUGUUGUGGUGUUUGGUAACGACAAACUAAUCAAAGAGGGUGACAUUGUGAAGAGAACAGGAGCCAUCGUGGAUGUGCCUGUCGGUGAGGAGCUGCUGGGCCGUGUGGUGGACGCUCUGGGAAACGCCAUCGAUGGAAAGGGUCCUCUGGGCUCUAAGACCCGCAGGCGUGUGGGACUGAAGGCCCCUGGCAUCAUCCCCCGUAUCUCUGUGAGGGAGCCCAUGCAGACUGGGAUCAAAGCCGUGGACAGCCUGGUGCCAAUCGGCCGUGGUCAGAGAGAGCUGAUCAUUGGAGACAGACAGACAGGUAAAACCGCCAUUGCCAUCGAUACCAUCAUCAACCAGAAGCGUUUCAAUGAUGGCACGGAUGAGAAGAAGAAGCUGUACUGUAUCUACGUGGCCAUUGGUCAGAAGAGGUCCACCGUGGCUCAGCUGGUGAAACGUCUGACCGACGCUGAUGCCAUGAAAUACACCAUCGUGGUUUCUGCCACCGCCUCUGACGCCGCCCCCCUGCAGUACCUGGCCCCUUACUCCGGCUGCUCCAUGGGAGAGUACUUCAGAGACAACGGCAAGCACGCCCUCAUCAUCUACGACGAUCUGUCCAAACAGGCUGUGGCCUACCGUCAGAUGUCCCUGCUGCUGCGUCGUCCUCCUGGUCGUGAGGCCUACCCCGGUGAUGUGUUCUACCUGCACUCCCGUCUGCUGGAGAGAGCUGCCAAGAUGAACGACAACUUUGGUGGUGGCUCUCUCACAGCUCUGCCUGUCAUUGAGACCCAGGCCGGAGACGUGUCUGCUUACAUUCCCACCAACGUCAUCUCCAUCACUGACGGACAGAUCUUCUUGGAGACAGAGUUGUUCUACAAAGGUAUCCGUCCUGCUAUCAACGUAGGUCUGUCUGUGUCCCGUGUCGGCUCUGCUGCCCAGACCAGGGCCAUGAAGCAGGUGGCCGGUACCAUGAAGCUGGAGUUGGCUCAGUACCGUGAGGUGGCGGCUUUCGCUCAGUUUGGUUCUGAUCUGGACGCUGCCACACAGCAGCUGCUGAACCGUGGUGUCCGACUGACUGAGCUGCUCAAACAGGGGCAGUACUCCCCCAUGGCCAUUGAGGAGCAGGUGACUGUUAUCUAUGCUGGUGUGAGGGGACAUCUGGACAAGAUGGAGCCCAGUAAGAUUACCAAGUUUGAGAAAGCUUUCCUUCAGCACAUCAUCAGCCAACACCAAGACCUGCUGGCCACAAUCAGGACGGAUGGUAAGAUCUCGGAGGCAGCAGAUGCCAAGCUGAAGGAGGUCGUGCUCAACUUCCUGUCCAGCUUCGACGCUUAAUUUGUGUUCCAUUUCGCUCAUGUUUUGUCCAUGUUUGCAUAGUGCUACCAGUUUAACUUUAUACGAACGUUGAAAUUUAAGAGCGGCACUUCAUCCUCGAUGUACAGAAAUUCUCCAAAACAGAGAAUAAAGUGUUCCUACUCCCAGACCCUGAA